UUGAUCAGCUCUGUUAAAGGACAGAACGUCAGUGAGGCAGGGACAUUGAAGGACGUGAUCAUUGUGAAGUACUGAAGCUUAUUUCCUCUUUGCUUUUCUUAUAUGGCAACAAGGUCACGCAUGAAUCAUCUGACUGGGACCAACCUCGAAGAGAAGAAGCUGUCAUCGGUCGAAAGGGUUAGUUCGAGCGGAUAAAAUUGCAGUUACCUUCAAGCCUGGGUAAAUAGAUUUUAACCAACGAAGAACCGAUGGAAAAAAAAAACAAAGCAUGGUUCGCACUUUGUUGAUGUCACGACUUUUACACGUUCUUCACAGAACGGUAAGAUUUCUGUUUCUCAGCUGUCUUGCUUCAGAAGUUUGCUCUGCUGCAUUAUGGCCGUCAGGAAUGUAUGGACUACCCAUGCCAAAAAGCGGCUGUCCAGGGGCAAAUGGAUUUCAAUGGCAAGAAGGAUACAUCUACCAGGAUCUCGAGGACGAGGGUAAUGUUACUACUGUCUCACCGAACUCACAGCUCAAAGGCCGCGUCUCAGGUGAUGUCGAACGGUAUUUCUGCAUAAAGGACAACAUAUCAGCAACAGUCGAAAGAAAUCGAUCCCGAUGGCCUGCGGGGGAGUAUUGCAUCUAUCAGAAAGGUUCUUAUUGUCCAGAUGGACUGCAGAGUGGGUUUAUAUUAUGGGAUGACGAAGAUGGUGUUAGCGGAACAAACAAAAACGCCCAUGCCGGCGUUCUUCCAAAAGGAGUAUUUGAUCACGACACAAAGAUAUUCUUUUGCUGUAAGACCACCAGUAACGGAUAUAAAGAGCCAAUAGAUCUUCCUUUUGUGUCUCCCUUUUACUUGAUGGCGUUUAGACCGCGUUGCCAAGAAGUUCUGUACACUAUACAUGAGAUGGAAUACAUUGCAUAUGACACAGAAAAUGAUCAUAAUUUUGACCGGAAAUGGUUCCCAUAUCCAUACGGAGCCGACUUCUCCCCACCGACAAUACAUUACUGUUACUAUAGAGAGUGCACACAGACAAUGACAGCACUGAAUGGCACAUUCCGCAGUCCAUACUAUCCACAAAACUAUAACAACAAGGCCUGGUGCAAGUGGCAUAUUGAAGUCCCUUGGAAUUACGCUAUUCUGAUCACUUUUGAUGACGUCAGUUUAGAGUCCGGUUGCUGUUGGUGUGACUUUGUCAACGUGUGGGAAACAUUAAUGAACGGAAAAACAGUUUUGAUUGGUUCAGUGUGUAGCAUGACAACGCCUCAAUUAAAUUCCAGUGGUAAUAAUGUUACGGUUAUUUUUCAAUCAGAUGCUAGUUGGUCUGGCAAAGGAUUUCGUGCCAGGUACCAAGUUAUAAAGAUUAAGGCCAAAACAACUACUAGCACUACCCUUGCCUCAACUCAGACAAACAUGGUCAAAGACAAAGUAACCACAACGUCAUCAAGCGAAGAGACCACUCAAGAGAUAUCUUCUACAAGAGAGAGCAAACUCGGCUAUCAAGAAAAAACAGAUCCCACCUCCAUGACGAGAGGAGAAGGUUUGUCUGACACCUUGGACGAUGGAAGAGAGUCUGAGUCAAACACCUCCCUUAUUGCUGGAUUAAUUGCAGCUUUGGUAGUAAUUUGUGCGAUACUCGCAAUAGCUUUGUUUUAUUUUCACAGAAAGCGGAGUAGCCGGAAAAAUCAAACCAACUGGAACACACCUGCGGUAAGCUUUCGACCGGACGAGGAAGUAGUCGCCAUUUACGCCACCCCAACGGAUGUGUCUAACACGAGUUCUGGCUAUGAUGAUGAGGAAAAUGAUAAUCCUUACACAUAUGUCGACACGCCUGGAAUGUAUUAUAACAGCGAUGAAACAGUGAAGGAAAGCAACAACCCAUCGUACGAAAGUGCUGAAAGCGGGAAGACAGCUAAUGCAGGAGUGUACGAAAGGUAGGGAAGUAAUCCUCUCUACCUUUUACCGGUCUUGAAACAGAACACUGCCCACUAAAUCGACCAAUCCCAGCAUGCGUCGUUACUAAGAGACAAAAUCUGAAUAACACGAUUAAGAGGCCUGUUCUGAAACAGAAGUUCACCACAGAUAGCAUAUUCCCAAUUUUCCACUUUUAUUAAAAAAUACACAUUCAUCAAAAG